UAUCUUUUUGGUGAAAUGCAUUUCCUUCUUUUAUUCUUUGAUUUCAUCAUUUUGGAAUUCUCACGUGCGUGUUUUUUUGGAUUAUAAAAAAUUAAAAAAAUAGAAAUGGCAUUCACUGUUUUACCAGUUGCAAUAAGAUGUGGGCGUUUAACAAUUGAAAAUAUUUGUCAAAUUACUAGGAAUUGUAUCAUUAGUUCCUCAAGAGCGUUUUCGGCUACCCCGUCGAAUUGUCAAGGUACAGCAGCAAAAGAACAGAAACCUGGAGAAUCGACAGAAUCUAAUCAAGAACUUUCGGACAGUGAGAAAAAAUUAACAACGGAAAUAGAAUUAUUAAAUAAGGAAAUAGUCGAUCUUAAAGAACAAAAUAAUGUUUUAAAUGACAAAUACAAAAGAUCACUCGCGGAUAGUGAAAAUUUACGGAGACGUCUAAUGAAACAAAUUGAGGACGCAAAACUUUUUGGUAUUCAAUCGUUUUGUAAGGAUUUAUUAGACGUUGCUGAUAUUUUAGGAAAAGCUACAGAAAGCGUACCAAAAGAUCAAUUAACCGAGAGUAAUCCACACUUGAAGACCUUAUACGAAGGUUUAACCAUGACUGAAGCACAAUUGCACAAGGUAUUUAAGAAACACGGUCUCGAAUCAUUAAAUCCGUUAGACGAAAAAUUCGAUCCAAAUCAGCAUGAAGCUCUAUUUCAACAGGAGGUUGAAGGCAAAAAACCAGGAACAGUUGUCGUAGUAUCGAAAGUUGGUUACAAACUUCAUGAACGAAUAGUAAGGCCUGCUCUCGUUGGUGUUGCCAAAAUAUAACGAGACGAUAUAAUUGUCAAGUCAUCUGGACCAUGUGUUAAAUAGAUCUAAAUGAGAAUUAAUGAGAAAGUGCAAGUGAUCCAUUUGUUUAAUAAAAUUCUGAUCUAAUGUAAAAAAAGAAAAGAAAAUUAUCGUAAAGAAUCAAUGUUGAAAUAUGUUACGUUAUAAUUUUUUUUUGAUUUAAAAUUAUAAGUUAUAUAUAAAUGUAUAGAGUAAAAUAACUUUCCUGUUUGCAUUCCUGUAAUACCACAUCAAUUAAAGGCUUUUAAUUUUUA